CAAGAAGCCAUUCAAUUCCUGUUUAAUAACCAAAUAAAAUGGCAUCCAAACGGAUCACACAGGAAACAUUUGAUGAUGUGGUGCAAGAAAACAUCACGGAAUUUGAAAUGGAUCCAGAUGAGGCUGCGAAAGAAGCUGUCCAGCAAUUUGAAUCUCAGGGUGUUGAUCUGAGUACUAUUGUAAAAGCUGCACGGAAACCCACCUCUGAAAAUGGCCAAGAGCAAAAACACGACAUUUUGCAGACAUUAGACUCACUCAGGAAAUCCAUUGCUGACUCUGCACUCAGUGAGGUCGGUGAGCAGCUAGUGCGCUUCAGUGAGCAAUGCAGAGAACAGCUGGCUGUCCGCUACUUGGCUGGGCAGAAAGGUGCCUGUCCUGUGGUGCUGUCUGCCUGCAAGCUGGCCUCAGGAGACAGAAGUGCCAUGCUCAAGGCCCUGCAUGCUUUUUCUGCCCUCAUGGAUGGGCAGCCAGACCUGCUCGACUCUGCUGGCCAAGAGCUGUUGCUGCAAACGCUGAAGGAAAACGCAGAUGACGCUGAAAUGACGCUAGCUGGGAUCCGGUGCAUCCGACACGCCUGUCUGAAACAUGAGCAGAACCGCCAGGAACUGGUGAAAGGUGGCAUCCUGCCAUUGCUGACGGGUGCCAUUGUCCGGCAUGGGGACUGUGCUGGGGUGGUCCGAGAGGCCUCCUCAGCGCUCCGGGUCAUGACAUUUGAUGAUGACAUUCGUGUGCCCUUUGGCCAGGCCCAUGAUCACGCCAAGAUGAUUGUAUCCGAAAACAACGGUUUAAGGAUCCUCAUAGAGGCUGCCAAAGCAUUCACAGACGACUCCAGUGUUCUCCGUGAGCUUUGUGCCACCUUGGCUCGCCUGUCUGUCCGGAACGAGUUCUGUCAAGAGAUUGUGGACCUUGGAGGCUUGAAUUUCAUGGUGGCCCUGCUGGCUGACUGCAUUGACCAUCAGGAGCUGGUGAAGCAGGUGCUGAGCGCCAUGUGGGCCAUCGCAGGGAAUGAUGACGUGAAAGACGCCAUAGUCAACACUGGAGGAACAGACCUCAUUGUGCUGGCUAUGAGCCAUCAUCUUGCCAGCCCUCAGAUCUGUGAGCAGGGCUGUGCAGCCUUGUGCAUGCUGGCCUUGCGCAAGCCAGAGAACUGUAAAGUCAUCAUGGAAGGUGGAGGGGCCCUGGUAGCUCUUCAGGCCAUGAAGGUGCAUCCAAGAGAAGUGGCUGUGCAGAAACAGGCCUGCAUGCUGAUCCGGAACCUGGUCUCCCGGAACCGGGACUUCUCUCAGGCUAUCCUGGAGAUGGGAGCUGAGGACUUGAUUGUGCAGGCUCGUACGGUGCACCAGGACUGUGACGACAUAGCCAAAGCUGCCUUGAGAGACCUUGGCUGUAAAGUGGAGCUCCGAGAGCUGUGGACAGGCCAAAAGGGAAGCCUGGCUCCCUAAACCACUGCCCCCGAGAUCCCUGGAAGCUUGGGACAUCUCAGUAUGCAGCAUCUACAGGCAAACGUGGCAUCAAAUAAUCUGCACUUAAAACUGGCCCCGAGCAGCUGAAGAGAAUUCCUGGCCUGUGAGGCUAUCGUGGUGUGGGCUGUACUACACAGGGGCAUCUAAGCUGUUGCUGAGAUGGCUUUGUCUGUGUAUAUAGGCUACAGAUAUACAGAACUUGUUGUGAUGAUCUACUCUCUCUACAACUUGAUGCCUGGGAAAGACCUACUUCUCCCCUCCCCCCACAUUGCUGUGUUACUUAUUUAUGGGCUGUUCCUAUGUGUGUCUGUCCAUGUUGUGAUCCAAAGUAGAUCUCUUCCUGCAGCAGUUUGGCAUCUACCAUUUUAACCAGCCUCGUCCUACCUCCUGACCCCUGCUCUGUGCCACUGGUGGCUAGCUGUCCCAAAGACUAUUUGGGGGAGAUGAAUGUCCCGUCCUAUCCCAAUGCUGUUACUAGCGUGCUGUGCAUUGUCUCACUGGGUUGGCUAUAUCCAUUUCCAUCCGAUACAGCAUUUUAAACAAAUGCAAGGUAUUGGCUGGAAACGUCAUGGCCCCGUGCGUCACAUUUAUAAUCUCUGAGCUUCCAGAAACAAAUGUAAGACGAUAGGAUUGUUCCACAUGUGAACAAUCAAAUGAUAGGUGUGAGAGAGAGCUUUGGGGGCAGGGGAAAAAUAGCUUGGUGUGCCACAGUGUUGUGCUACCAGAGAGCCAGCCACCUUUUGAGUCCUUUGCUGGGAUCACCAGACAUACUCUCCCAGAGCUAAGACUCUUGUCUCGUAGUUGCCUGCUCUUAUCAACAGUCCGUAGCUCCCCUUGGAGAGGGAAGACACUAUAUUUGGAGGAAAGCGGGGAGGGUGGAAAAGAUGACUAAUGCUUUUGGGCAUUUUAAACUGAUUAUGCCAAGUGUGUAAGUAAAUGCUGCUGCAGCUGUGUGGUGUCUGCCUGUAAGGCAGCAAAAGACUUGACAGCCUUGAAAGCCCUACAGGCACUAAUUCCAUGUGCGGUGUAUGUUUGCAAUAAGCUGCCUACAUCCCUUUCUCAAUUGCUUUUUCUGGCGAAAGCUGCAUCCAUCUGUCUGUCUCUCUGCAAUCUCAGUUCAAUAAACCCUGCCAGGCUGCACUUGAUCAUCUCUCCCUAGGACAGGCAGUGACUGGGCUUAACAAAGAGGCCAGAAUUCAGCUGUGACCUGGACAUUCUGCAUGUGAAAGGAGGCCUGGGAGCAUUCUGAAGGGGGCAUUUCUCUGAUGCUGGCCUGCCCUUUUGAUACUGCUUCAGCAAUGGGUCUGGGAUGGGCUGGAAGGGCCAGAGUUGCAUCUGAGCACAGCAGGGCAUUAGGAAGGAUGGAUUGGCCUGGAUGGAUAUGAAUUCUCCUUCUGUCUUAGACAAGUGUUGGUAUGAUGACUCUUUUCUGCAGAGUAGCCACAGUCUUUCUCCCUUUACUCCUUCCUGGGUCUGAGUCCCUGGCUCCUAUUCAGCUGAGGAGGGCUAGGCAGGGUCUGUGCUGCCCUGUGUUAGUUACAGGGGGAUUCCAAACAUGAGGUGUUACACUUCUCCGGGGAAUGAGUGCACGCAGCAGUGCAUGAGGGCCCUGGAUCCAGGGUGGCUUUGAGAGAGGAUACCCAGGCCCCUCCCAAAAAGAAGCAAAGCAGAGAAAACCAGAAGCUGUUACAGAAAUAAUAUAUUUUAAAAAAUACCCAGCCCUGGGUGUGUGGCAGUACGCGUUCAUCUUCCUGAAGUUCACAGAGGCCAGUUACUGGUGGGAAGGUGGAUGUGAGGUGCUUUAAUGGGGGUGAAUGCGGUUCCGCCUGCGGGAGAUCCACCAUCUCAGCCUACUGCCCACUUGUCCCCUGGCCUCCUCUGUCCCCCGGCUGCUGCCAGCCUGUGGCUUCACCGUAGAUGACCUCCUGAAGAUCUUUCGUACCCAGCUUACCAAGGAGCGCAGGCUGAGCCGGGAGGGGGUGAAUCGUGGCUCUUCACCAGCCCGGUUGCCAGAGGUUGUGGGACAAGAGUGUGGUGAUGGCUUCCCGUGCCCUCCUUCCUGUCCGCUUCCUGAUGCUUCAAUCUGCAAAUAUCAAUGACAGGAAGGAGUUGAUGGGAGGAGCCUUCUCUAGCCCCUCCUCCUGCACAUGGGCUGGACUGUCAGCUGUCACUCUUGACAGCAGGGUUUUGUGGGACCAUUACAAUAUUCCUUAGCUGGAGCCAUCCUCUAACAGUUCCUGUUGGAAAGGCGCCUUGUGCCCCAAUGGCUUUGGGCUGGACACAGGCUCCAGCAGGGGAGGUUUCACGCUCCUGCAUUUCUCUGCAAUCUUGCUUCUAGGGAAAUUGAGAAGCACUAUAGUCCCCUUAUUUCACUGCCAAGGGCCCUUCCAGACUGAGGGACUCUGGGGGGCUUUAUUUUAUUUGCC